GCCCCAUGGCAUGGGGGCGUAUACGAAAGAUUAGUGGGUGUUACCAAGCACUGUCUUAAACGAACACUACAGAAACAUCUAUUGAACGAUACCCAACUACUAACCGUUCUUAAAGAAGUAGAAAGUGUCGUCAACACAAGACCAUUAACCUACAUAGGUACUGGUUUGGAACAUGUAUUGAAACCAGCAGACUUCUUGACACCGGGAAAAUGUCUAGGACUACAGAUGUCAAUGAAGGAAACACCCGUUAACGCCACUACAACCAAACAACAACUCAUAGAAGGUUGGAGACGUGGUGAGACUAUCAUGAGAGAAUACAAGGACAUGUUCAUGAAUCAGUAUCUGCUUAGCUUAAGAGAACGUUACAAAAAUUCAACCAAACAACCCAGAGUUAAAACUCACAAUGAACCAUGUGUUGGGGACAUUGUACAAAUGAAAGGUGAUACUAAGAACAGAGAGAACUGGAAAGUAGGGAAGAUCGUUGAAUUAAUUAAAGGAGCUGAUGGAUUAUGUAGAGUCGCUCGAGUGAAGAUCGACAAUGGUACAUUUACGAGAUCCUUAUUACACUUAUACCCUUUGGAAGUAGAAGAUGUUCCAACACCUAACAAUUUGUCUAAUCAUCAAUUAGAGGAAGAACCUACAACAAGGAUAAAAGAAAUGAAAUUAGAAGAAAGUACAGAUUCUUCAGUGAUACAAAGAGAGUUUUAUCCCGAUGUACAACUAGAAAUGGAGCUCGACACAGUUGACAGCAUGGACGUGGACACGGCACAUAGCAAUGAGAUGACAGAGGAGAACCUCAACGUUCCAAAUACAGACAAAGAUAUGAUAGAGUCAAACAUAGAGCAUAAAUGUGAUAAUAUAAACUUAGAAGCUGAUAUGGCUGAUGAAAACUAUGAGUCAGAAGUAAACCAGUCUGACAAUGAAAGGCAAAUGAGGGCUGCGGCGGUCCAAGCUAGGGAAAAAAUCCGAGAGUGGACCCGCCAUCUGAUGACCACACUUACUGCAUCGUUAUAGCUCGCUCGGCGGGUGUGUCGCGGACUCCCGCGAUGUGUACAUAUUUCAACAGGCAACACAUAUGACAGCUUCAAAUUAGUCUAUGGUGGUGGCAUAUAAUCCGGUGGAAGCUAUCAGCUGUGCUGAGAGCUUAUGGGCGAGAGAGCCACCGAGGUCAUAUCUUCAGUUCAAGGUAUGAAUCAUUUCCUUCUCAGUGUAACCAACCUCUUAUCUCAACAAUGUUAGCGAAGCAGAUGAUGAUGAUUUGUUAUAUUACUAAAAUGAUGUACAUGUCAGGUCAAAGGUAGAAUUGUACCUCAUUAUCUAGGACUGAAAUUGUUCUCCCAAACUCACAAGCAAAUGAGAGCUCAGGCAAGAAACGUUUUGUAUCAGAGUCGAUACAGC